AUGCCCAAAUUAACCAAAAGCGCUAAACAAGAUUUGAUUUUGACUCAUCUCCGCGCCACUGGAACCUGUCACACGCUCAAAGAUUUAGAGAAGACGCUACCCUCUGUUGCAUCCAUCAAUGGCAUCCAGGUCAAGGAAUACAUCCAAGCUUUGACCGAUGAGGGUCAACUACGAGUCGAGAAGAUCGGCAGUGGGAACUGGUACUGGAGUUUCAGUAGCGACGAAAAGCACGCACGCGAGCGCCAGUUGGCCCGAGUGACCACGGAGGUGGAGAAAGUCCGGAAGUCUUGCGCCGAUGCGGAAGCGGCGUUGGCCGCUGAGACCAUGCGCCGAAAGGAGGAGCCGGAUGAUGACCUUGAAAGGGAAUCCCUCAUGGCCAAAAAAGCCGAGCUUCAGGUUGCAAUCGAUCGGGUACGGACUACAGAGGCCCAACUCUCCGGACCCCUCAAUUCGCUCAGCAGCAAGGGUGUCAAGCAGGUCCAAGAGGAGUUAGCGGGAUUUCAACAGCAGGCACUGCAGUGGACAGAUAAUAUCUAUAUGCUAGAGGAGUAUUUGCGCAAGUUAGCGGGUGGAGACCGACAAAUCAUCGAGGGUGUUUUGCGCGAUUGUUAUGGAGACGAAUACGUGGACGGAGAGGGUCUCUGUGAACUAGGAUAGGAUAAAGAUUUGAGAAGAAAAAGCUUAGGUUUGCUUAGCACAUGGCAAAACCACGGGGAAAA